AUGAAUAAAAUUAAAGAAGAAUUUAUUAAUUUAUUUACAAAUGAAAAAAAAAAAUCUUUUAAAAAAGAAUUGGAGGAAAAGUUGGAAAAGAUGAAAGUACUAAUUCCAUUUAGUGAAUUGGAGGAUAAUAUUGAUCAAUUUUACAAGUAUGGUACAGAAGAAUCAGCACUGCUAAUCAUUGAAUGGAAUCUUGGUGGACUUUUAGUGAGAGAGAAAGAGACAGAAUUUUCAAUUCCUCAAUUAAAGACGUGGGCAUGCACUCCAAUCCUACAAUUUUGUGGUAUUGAUCUAUAUGGUAAUAGAUUCUCAUUUAUGUUUGACUAUUGGAAUGCAAUGAACUCAUGUAUCAAUUGUAUAACUACCAGUGGCAACCAUGACUUUAUGAAACAUAUUGAUGGUGUUCCUGAUUUAAUGAUAUCAAGUUUAAUAUUAAUGUGUAAUCAAGUUACACUUUAUAGAUGUGCUAGAAUUGUAUUUAUAUUGUUUGAUGUAACUGACCUACAAUCAUUUGAAAAUCUAAAAGGUUGGCACUGUGAGACUCAAAGAUACUGUUGGGAGAUGGUAGAAGUGGUAAUCGUUGGUACAAAAAGAGAUUUGGUCGAUCAAAGAAUGGUCACAAGAGAACAAGCAAAUGAUUUUGCACUUGGUCUUGGUUGUUCCUACUUUGAAGUUGGUCAAGACGAUGAAUCUUGUAUCGAUAGAGUAUAUAGUAUAAUAGCAAGACAUUUAUAUGAAAAUAUGUACAAAGAUUUUGAAGAUAAUCGUCUAGAUUUAUUACCUUUACAUUUGGAUUCUAUUUCUUCUUCUUCUUCUUUAUCCACACGAGCAAACACAUCAACAACAACAACAACAACAACAAUCAAAGAUCAACUAUUUUAUUCCGUUUUUAGAUCAAAAUAUAUUCGAAACAAUAUAUUUAAACAGAUUCCAAUAAUACAUUCAGAUUUAAAUGUACAACUUGCUAGAGGAAUAGGAAUGCCAAACAUUGAAUUUUGGUGUACCAAUCGAUAUUUCAAUGUUUUGAAAUACUAUAAAGAAAAGAGAUUGCCAAUAGAGAUUAACAAGUUUGCCAAGGUAUCACCUUUUCUUAGGAUGUCAGGCAAUUUGGAGUUGCUACAAUAUAUUGUUGAAAAGAUAGGUGAUCUGAAUCACCCCGAAAAAAAUCAGGUGAUAAAUGAAGUAAUGGUUGGAGGUGAUUUGUCAAUGGUUCAAUACCUUUUCAGCCAGGGAUAUUAUUGGACAUUGGAAGGAUUAUUGAUGGCCAUUGCAUUCAACCAUAUAGAUAUUGUAGAAUUCAUCUUUGAAAAGUCUGGAGAGGUCACACAGGAUAUUCAAAAAGAUUUGAUCACCAGACCACCCUUUCUCAAUCAAAAUCGUUUAAAACGAUGUAUUCAAAUGGCCAAAUCUUACAAUCGAGAGGAAAUUGUAAUAAAUCUAAAAAAAUAUAAAAAAAGAGGGAAAUUUAAAAAACAAAUCAUAGAAGAGUUUAAAGAAAAGGAUAUUAACAUUCCUUUUAAAGAAUUGGAGGAAAACAUUGAUCACUUUUUCGAGUAUGCUUCAGAGGAUUCAGUGUUAAUGGUGAUAGAGUGGAAUCAAGUUGGACUACAUUUAAGGGUAUUGACCAAAUCAGCCAGUCAAUUAAAGUCAAUGGCAAACAAAUUCAUCCUUGCUAAUAGAGGAUUUGAUUAUUCAGGGACCAAACACUCAUUUUUAUUUGACAAGUGGGCUACAAUGAGAAUGGAAUGCAUCAAUCGUUUGUCAGCCAACACCAAUUAUGAAUGGAUGAAACAUAUCCAAGGUGUACAAGAUGUAUGUAGAAUAUUUGUGAUUACCAAAUCCAAAUUUAGAUCCACUGUCACUCCCGAAGUCGCACAACUUUAUCUUACCGUUUUUAAUGCAAGUUAUAAACAAUAA